AUGCCUCAAGGUUUUGGUGCCGGUGACACUCGCCCAACGACUGUUCCACAGACCAGUGCCAGCGACGGAGAUGACCAGUGUCCACAACAUGCUGAACCAGCAUCAGAACCACUCUCCAGUCAGUCUCGAGGAUGCGCUGUUGACAACUGGCGGAGGGACAUGGAUGACAUGACCAUGCAGCUCCACAAAUCCAUGACCAGGGGGUUCUGUGUCAAGAGAUGUGGUCAGAACGGCUACAGAUAUGCUGGCGUUCAGUACAGCUUUGAGUGUCGGUGUAGUAACAGUUUCGGCCUCUACGGGUCUGGUGAGGGUUGUACCAGGGAGUGCAGCGCGAAGAAUGGGCUCUCCUGUGGGGGCGGCUGGAGGAAUGAGGUGUUUGCCACCGGUGCAGUUCCCGCCAGUGCAUGGCCAAGCUGUGGUCCGGGAUCUCGCGGUGUAGUCUCUGGUGGGAAGUGUUACUAUGUUGGAGAGGAUCGACUCAACUUCUUUGAUGCUCAACGCGCAUGCGUCAAGAUGGGCGGUAACUUGGCAACCGUCUCCUCGGCAACUGAACAGGCUGACAUCAAGGCAUACCUCGGGCAGAGUAAGUUUCACAUUUGGAUCGGCUUGACGGAUGUUGCUAAAGAAGGAGCGUUCGUCUUCAUGGACGGCACACCGGCUACAUACAUCAACGGGGACCUCGGAUACGACAACUCAAGAAUCUACGACGACUUUGUUGGUACGCAAUGGACGUGGGUCAAAGGUACCAGUGGCGAGGCCGUCGAUGGCAAGAUGAAAACCGUUACCUCUGUCAGCUGCCAGCAUCCACCACCAUCGCUCCUCUUGAGAGCUGCGGACCUAACGGUGACGGACACAGACUGGGCAGCAACGGCAGGUGCUACAUCAUCCUCAACACCAAAACUGACCACGACACAGCAGAGUACCAGUGUUUAA